AUGAGUUCCACUGCAACCACCAAGGGCGGAAGAGGCAAGGCAAAGGCUACAAAAUCUGUUUCAAGAUCAUCGAAGGCUGGACUUCAAUUUCCAGUUGGUAGAAUUGCAAGAUUCUUGAAGGCGGGAAAAUACGCCGAACGCGUCGGUGCCGGUGCUCCCGUCUACCUCUCCGCCGUUCUCGAAUAUCUCGCUGCUGAGGUUUUGGAAUUGGCUGGGAAUGCUGCGAGGGAUAACAAGAAGACUCGCAUUGUUCCAAGGCACAUUCAACUCGCUGUUAGGAAUGAUGAAGAACUUAGCAAGCUUUUGGGAACUGUAACCAUUGCCAAUGGAGGUGUUUUGCCUAGUAUUCACAACACUUUGCUCCCUAAGAAAGCUGGAAAGGGACAAGGAGAAAUUGGAUCUGCUUCUCAAGAAUUUUAG